UCGGCCCUUUAACGUGUUUGUAACUGCACGUGCGCCCACCAGAGUGACGUUUGCAUCCGCGACACCGGAGUCGGAUCGCGCGGCGGAGUGGCGGGACAAGGCCUCAGAAGAGAGACCCACCAUGCGUGAAUAUAAGCUUGUGGUCCUGGGCUCUGGGGGUGUGGGGAAGUCUGCACUGACAGUCCAGUUUGUACAGGGAAUAUUUGUUGAAAAAUAUGACCCCACAAUAGAAGACUCAUAUAGAAAGCAAGUCGAGGUGGAUGGGCAGCAGUGUAUGCUAGAAAUCUUGGACACUGCAGGCACAGAGCAGUUCACAGCCAUGAGGGACCUGUACAUGAAGAAUGGUCAGGGUUUCGCUCUGGUUUACUCCAUCACAGCACAGUCUACCUUCAAUGAUCUGCAGGAUCUACGCGAGCAGAUUCUCAGGGUCAAGGAUACAGAGGAUGUGCCAAUGAUCCUGGUUGGAAAUAAGUGUGAUUUAGAGGACGAGAGAGUGGUCGGGAAAGAGCAGGGUCAGAAUCUUGCCCGCCAGUGGUGUAGUUGUGCCUUUCUAGAAUCUUCUGCCAAAUCAAAGAUCAACGUCAAUGAGAUCUUUUAUGAUCUGGUAAGACAGAUAAACAGAAAGACACCGGUGGAAAAGAAGAGAGCGAAAAAGAAGUCAAACUGCACCCUUCUGUAACACACAUGCAGAACAUCACUGCAGCAGCUCUGAGCCAGAAUGCCGAAAUGAAGAACUGUUACCCGGUUGGCCGACAUUCCAGUUUCUCUCUACAAUUAUUGGCCAAGCAAACAAUAAGGCAGAACACAACAGACUCCUGAACUAACUUGACAGAUGAAGAGAGAUGCAGCCUCUGCCUUUACUUCUUUAAAAUAUUUAAAUGUUUCAGCCCUCCACCCUCCCUUUGAGUACUGUUGCUUUCUAAAGGAGAUUCUACAUUGUGGAUAUGUGCCUGGAAGAGGAUCUGUCUAUUACAUGUCAAGGGGUUGUAUACAGUCAGGGAGAGGGUUUAGGACUUAAUUCCUAUAGUGAUGAUGGGGACAUUUCAAAACAUGUUAAUAUUUGUAAAUUGACCAUGUUUUAUUGUUCAUCAUGUUUGGACUUUUACUAAUCAUUUGUGCAGAGAAGUGUGUCUGUUUAUCAGAAAGUUAAACCGUUCAUUUUUUCCUGAGUAAUUUGUUUUCUGAAGAUCACAGCUUUCAUGUUUUCCAUAGUAUGCUUAAUUCUUUUGAUCUAGAGAAACUGUGGCAAAUAAAUCAGGAUGCUUGGUUUGGUGUAUCUUGAAGAUAAAGAUAUAGUACUAAAGCCAGUUCUACCUUAUGUUCUUUACAAUCAAAAUGACAUUAAUUUUACAGCUUUUUCAGAAAAUAAAAUUUUAGUAUAUUUUCUUUAUUAUAUAUAUUUUUCUGUAUUAAGCGGUAUGCUGUGGCUCAACCCGGAAAAAAAUAUAACAGUUUUGUGCCUGAGCAGGGGAAGAAUGAAAUCCAGUCUAUAACGCACAGAUGACUUCUCCACUGAUAACCGCAAACCAAUAAUCAAUAGGCAGUCUUGACACUUCAAUUGCCAAGUUAAAUCAGUCUUGAUGUCUCGAGAUAUUUUACUUCAGUUCAUCAUUGUGUCUGGCUGGCUUUUGAUUUCAUUUGAAAGUAGUGUGUGUUUCUUUGAC